GAGCUGAGGGAAGGAACAGGGUGGUUACCCAGAUACGGGCUGAGUUAAGCGGCCUUUCGAGGUGCCAGGAGUUCGCAAACUGUGCGCAGGGAGUGCUGGCCAGCGCCUCGCCUGGGCUGGUGCCCAACGGCAGGCAGCUCCGGGCUCCGGGGUGGUGGGAGGGCUGCGCUUUCCUUUCACUUUCUCGGGCCGCCCAACCUGACACCUGGGGACAGAACUACAGUUCCCACCACGCAGCGAGGCAGCAGGAAGAAGGGGUCCUGAGGGCCGACAAGGAAAACAAGGAGAACAAGAAGACCUUACCUGCCAGCAGAGGUGAGAGAGGCACACAGCUCCAUCCUCCUCGGCAGCAAGAGCCAUGCAGUUCUCCAGCUCAGCCAGGGCAGCAGAUGAGAACUUUGACUAUCUGUUCAAGAUUAUCCUCGUCGGGGACUCCAACGUGGGGAAGACGUGUGUGGUGCAGCACUUCAAGUCCGGGGUCUACACGGAGACACAGCAGAACACCAUCGGGGUGGACUUUACUGUGCGCUCCCUCGAGAUUGACGGCAAGAAAGUGAAGAUGCAGGUGUGGGACACUGCAGGCCAGGAGCGUUUCCGGACCAUCACGCAGAGCUACUACCGCAGUGCUCACGCGGCCAUCAUCGCCUACGACCUCACCCGGCGGUCCACCUUCGAGUCCGUUCCUCACUGGAUUCACGAGAUAGAAAAAUACGGAGCUGCGAACUUGGUCAUUAUGCUGAUCGGGAACAAGUGCGACCUGUGGGAGAAACGGCACGUCCUGUUCGAGGACGCCUGCACGCUGGCUGAGAAGUACGGCCUCCUCGCUGUCUUGGAGACGUCAGCCAAGGAGUCCAAGAACAUAGACGAAGUCUUCGUGCUCAUGGCCCGGGAGCUGAUCGCCCGGAACAGCCUGCACCUGUACGGGGACAGCGCCCUCAGCACCCUGCCCCUGGACUCCAGUGCGGUGCUGGUGACCCAGGGGCCAAGUGAGAAGACCCACUGCUCUUGCUGAGCAAGUUCCCGGGGCCGAGAGUGCCCACGCGCGGCCACCUCCAGAACCAAAGGCAGCCAGAUCGCUUAGUGUUCGCUGAGUAGCAUUUCAGGCCCAGGUGUAGACUCGCAGCCGGUCCUCUCCUCAGUUCGGACCGGAGGCCACGACGGCUGACUCGGAGGGCAGGGGACACCCCCGUCCUUCUUGAUUCGCCUUGGACUUCAAAGCACAGGGGCAGGAGGACAAGGUUUUCUCUUUUCCAUCUUUCCCUUUUUUGCCUCCCCAACCCUUCAACGGUGCUUCUACUGGAUUUUGCUUCUUGCUGGAAGAAGAGGGCGGUGAAGGAAAGAGGAGUACAAGGGUGGGGGGACCCCCGAGAGCCUGGAAUCUAUCUGUAAAAAAUUGUGUAUUUAUUCUCCCAUGCUUAAACUUCAGUCACCUUCAAAACGCACUCUCCAUUUGAUGCAACAUACUUAUCAAGACUUCUUUCCACUGCUCCAAACAGUUUUGAACUCUUGGAUUUUGAUGCCUUUUAGCACUUCUGCCUUUUUCUGUUUCACCUCUUCCACAUUGGCAAAAUGUUUCCCUUUGAGAAGUUUUUUUCAUCCGAGGAAACAAA